AUGCCGCCACGGAAGAAGGCCAAGGCGAGCGCGGCCUCCACUCCGCUCCGCGACACGCAGCCCAAGACGCCGCAGGACUCGGGCCGUCUUUCACAGUCGCAAGAGGAUGUACUCGCCGAUCCUUGGGCCGAUGAGCAGGAAACGCAGCUGUUCAAGAGCAUGAUGAAGUGGAAGCCCACAGGCUUGCACAAGCACUUUCGCAUGAUCUCGAUACACAAUGACAUGCGCUCCCACGGUUUCGCGGCAGACGACGCUCCCCACACGCGCAUUCCCGGCAUAUGGAGGAAGCUGCACCAGCUGUACGACCUCGAGACGCUUGACGCACGUGAAAACGACUUUGCCUACUCUGAGGACCCCGAUCCGACCGACCCUGAAGAAGCCACCAACCUCCCCGACUUCGAACUACCAGAGGACGAGUUCGGCGAGCUGAUGUGGAAUGCGCGCUUCCACCGUGAGGAGUCUGCGGCAGCUUCUACCCCGGGCACUAUGUCUAUUGAAGAGGACAAGGCACUGUACGUGCCCAAUAUGGGCCUCCUCAAAGACCUACCUGAUGGCGUGCGGUCGCACAAGGCAGAGAGCAUCGCCGAAGUCACGCCUACACCCAAGACUGCAAAGGGAACGAGAGCAAGCAGGGCCGCAGCCAAGAGUGGAAAGGGCGCAAAAGCGGCUGCCAGUGCUGCUAAAAAUGUAAAGGCACGAUCCACCGUAUCAGAGUCCACAGAAGAGGAAGAAGAUGACGACGAUGAAGAAGAGGAGUCUAGUACUGAAUCGGAAGAAGACAGUGCGCCAGUCACCCGCCGCGCGAACCGAAACAGGGCGCGACAGACUGCUCCCAAACAGCGAACGAGGAAGAGAUAG